AUGGAGGUGUUAUCGGAUCUUGAAUUGGAGUCAGAUCAUGAGUACGAUGCUGGCCCCCUCCACUUUCUAGAAGAAGAUGACGAUGUUCUUGAAGAUCAGCUGUCCGGUGAUGAUCUCUUGAUCUUAAAAGAGGUAGACGAGAUGUAUGCAGAUACACCUCCACCUGAGCUUGAUAAAAUAAGUGCGGAACUAUCGGAGGAAGUUUUUGUUCUUGGAAACGCCCUCUGCGAUAUAAAACUUAUCCCGCUGAAGAAGAAACAUUAUUGUUUCCGUGCCUUCAUGCGCUACUACUCGAAUGCUGUGCUUAUAGUUCAUCCCGCUAUUAUGAAAAGAAAAAAAAAGUGGAGUAAGUUUUAG